AUGAAUGAGCAGCUUCAUAAUCAACGUAUUCCACUUCAUGUUUAUAUACAGAUAACUUUAUCAACGAGCGUUUAUAAUGGACGUCCUUAUGACGGAUACUCUGUGCAAGUGCGAGGAGGAGUCGUAGUAUGUAACAGUUGCUAUGGGGAAGUCGAUAAGAUAAUCAACUUUGUAAACAACGGCCAAAAGGAAAAAUCCAUAUCCUAUCCAGCAGAUACCAAUUGGGGGGGAAGGUGGGCUGAAAUGAUGGAAGACAAAGAAGAUUUUCAUAAUGACUUAGCCGAUGCAUUUAAGAAAGGGAUUUACUCGGAUAUUCAAGUGAAGCCUAGCAGUGGUCCUCCUUUACGUGCUCAUAAAGUUUUGCUGGCAACAAGAUCUGAAAUAUUGAAGCACAUGCUAGCAUCGGAUUGGUGCAAGGCUGCACCAGAAGACUCCAUCUCACUCCCGGAAUUCAGUUCUGAAGAGCUUGAUACCUUCAUGGAGUUUCUUUACCGUGGAGACUUGGCUGUAGAAAAGUUUCAGAAGCAUUGUGGCUCCCUGUUAAUAGCAGCUGAUAAGCAUGAUAUUGCGCAUUUGCAAAAGUUUUCUGAGCUGCAGCUAGUUAAGCUAUUGAACUCAUCGAAUGCACUCAAAAUAUUAGAAAUCUCAGAUGUUGUCUCGAACGAGACAAUAAAACUUGCUGCGUUAAAACUAAUAGUACUGCGGUACAAAGAUAUAGUUCUCACACCAAGUUUCGAUGAGUUUGCAAAAAAGAAUCCACAUUUGAUGGAGGUGAUGAAUGUACUUUCAAAUUUUGAUGCUGUAAACUCAUUUUUUGGAGCGGUAAAAGAGAAAUAUGCGCUGUUGUAA